AUGGAUGGAACGUAUUGCAACGUUCCUGCUCUUCCUUUACAUACCGAAAAAUUUCGGGGAAAAAGGCAAUUUGGUACCGAUGUAUUGAUCAACAAUUGGUUUGAAGAUCGCUCAAAAUACAAAGAAUCAAGUUACCUUCACAACACUACUUAUCGAAUCGAUUAUCCCGGUCAUCCCGAUGCUCGACCUGACACUGUUCUUCGUCGAAAACUCUUGUUAGCACAACAAGAGCGUCCAGCAAAAUUACUUACUGGUCAUCACGACAUUGAUGAUCGCAAAAAUUUAAUCACUUGGUAUGAUGAACAUUAUAAUGGUCGGCCAAGACCGAUUGAUCAACAAUUUCCACAUAAUAGAAGAUGGGAAGUAGCGAAUGAUCGGUGGGUUCCUGAAAAAACUGAUUAUCCACUUUUGGCAGAACCAACGUCCUGGGGACUAAGUCGAAAGAAAGGAGAAGAAACACAUCAGUUACAAAGACAACGAACAAUGCCAGAUAUGAGAUAUCAUAUACAUCCGUGUGAAAGUUAUAAAGAAGCAAAACGAGUUGGUAUACCAAAAGUAUUUAGUACAGCAUUAGAUAAAACAAAUGCUAUUAAUAAAAAUAUUAAUUAUCGUAAUACACUUAAUAGUGCACCACGUUUACCCUCUACUCGUGAUGUCCUGGAUAUUCAAUAUGACAUGUUUAAACGUUCAAACAUUCCACGAACCUAUUUUUAUUUGGGCAAAGUGCCAGAUGUUAUUGAUCAAGAAACACGAAAUAAAUUUCCAUUCUUACCAGCACCUCAUUUAUGUUCAGUAUCGUCGUGUGAUAUCAAUCAGAUGUCCUGUGGAGUGGAAGAAAAUUCAAAUAAUCAAAUUAAUCAGCCACAACAACAGCAAGAGACCACAGUAGUGGCACAAUAA